AUGAGUUCCAAUACGGCGCCGUCUAGCUCAGGAGGCGCCGGAUCUGCCGAUCCAACAUCUACCAGGAGGCAUUCCAAGCGACCCAAAUAUUCAAGAUUUACUCAGCAGGAACUUCCAGCGUGCAAGCCAAUUCUCACGCCACGAUGGGUGAUCUCAGCAUUCAUGCUUGUAAGCAUUGUCUUCAUUCCCAUCGGAGUUGUUUCCCUCUUUGCUUCUCGAGACGUUAUUGAAAUUAUUGAUCGGUAUGAAACUGAUUGCAUACCAAUGCCCUCUAGAAGUGAUAAGGUCGGGUACAUACAAGGCCCCGGAGAUAAAAAAUGCAACAGAACUCUGAAGGUAACUAAGAAUAUGAAGAAACCUAUAUUUGUAUAUUACCAGCUGGAUAAUUUCUACCAGAACCAUCGCAGGUAUGUUAAAAGCCGAAGCGAUCAACAGUUGAGAGAUCCAAAGUCUGAAAAUCAAGUGGAUGCUUGUAAGCCUGAAGAUAAGGCAGGUGGUCUACCUGUUGUGCCUUGUGGUCUCAUAGCUUGGAGUUUGUUCAACGACACGUAUAGUUUUUCACGCAAGAAUCAGCAAUUGACGGAGCCAUUGACAGUGAACAAGAAGGGUAUCUCAUGGAAGAGUGAUAGGGAUCACAAGUUUGGCAAAAAGUCUUUCCAAAGAACUUUCAGAAUGGAACUCUUAAAGGUGGUGCGACUCUCGAUGCAUCCAAACCAGUCAAUAUGUUUUGUUGAACAGUUAAGUGAGCAAGAGGACCUUAUUGUUUGGAUGAGAACCGCUGCACUACCAACAUUUAGAAAGUUGUAUGGGAAGAUUGAGGUGGAUCUGGAAGCAGGUGAUGAAUUACAUGUGACGUUGGAGAACAAUUACAACACAUACAGUUUUAGUGGAAAAAAGAAGCUUGUGCUUUCUACCACUAGUUGGAUUGGUGGCAGGAAUGACUUCCUUGGCAUUGCUUAUCUUACUGUUGGUGGGUUGUGCUUCUUUCUGGCCAUGGCUUUCACAGUUGUAUAUCUUGUUAAGCCAAGGCAACUUGGAGAUCCAUCUUAUCUGUCAUGGAACAGAAAUCCAGGGGGGCACUAA